UUUGGGUUGUGCAAUACUCAGGGGGAACCAACCCCAACACCCCAGGGAGGCGGGGAGGCUGGGGCUCAGGACCACAGUGCCCAUUGGCUUCGCCGCUCGCUGGGGGGGGUGGGAUGGUGCAGCCGCGGUGGCUGCUCAUUGGUCGGUUGAUUCCCGAGGGUGGAACUUGGCUGGGCCUAAACUCAGUCUGCGGUCCGGGACCGGUUUCAGGGCAAAGCUGCCAUGCGUUCCGGGGGCCGCGGGCGGCCCCGGCUGCGGCUCGGGGAGCGUGGCCUCUCGGAGCCACCCUCGCAGCCGAAGCGCCGCCUGCUCCCGCGGGUGCAGCCCUUGCCCCUGCUGCUGCUGGCGCUGGCCCUGGGCUCGGCGUUCUACACCAUUUGGAGCGGCUGGCACCGCGGGAUUGAGGAGCCGCCGCAGGGCCGGGAGCUGCGGGCCCCGUUGAUCGGAAGCCUCUCCGAAGCCCAGCUGCGGAGGGUGGUGGGACAACUGGACCCGCAGCGUCUCUGGGGCACUUAUCUGCGCCCCCUGCUGGUUGUGCGAACCCCUGGAAGCCCGGGCAAUCUCCAAGUCAGAAAGUUCUUGGAAGCCUCUCUGCGGGCCCUGACAGCAGGUUGGCACGUGGAGCUGGAUCCCUUUACGGCCUCGACACCCCUGGGACCUUUGGACUUUGGCAAUGUGGUGGCUACGCUGGACCCAGGGGCUGCCCAUCACCUCACCCUCGCCUGCCAUUAUGACUCCAAGCUCUUCCCACCUGGGUCGUCCCCUUUUGUGGGGGCCACUGAUUCAGCUGUGCCUUGUGCCCUGCUACUGGAGCUGGCCCAGGCCCUCGACCUGGAGCUGGGCAGGGCCAAGGAGAAGGGCGCCCCAGUGACUCUGCAGCUGCUUUUCUUGGACGGCGAGGAGGCACUGAAGGAGUGGGGACCCAAGGACUCCCUUUAUGGCUCCCGGCACCUGGCUCAGCUCAUGGAGUCUGCACCCCACAGUCCCGGCCCCACCAGGAUCCAGGCUAUUGAGCUCUUUGUGCUUCUUGAUCUCCUGGGAGCCCCCAACCCGACCUUCUACAGCCACUUCCCCCGCACGGUUCGCUGGUUCCAUCGGCUGAGGAGCAUCGAGAGGCGUCUGCACCGCUUGAACCUGCUGCAAUCUCAUCCCCAGGAAGUAAUGUACUUCCAACCUGGGGAGCCCCCUGGCUCUGUGGAAGAUGACCAUAUCCCUUUCCUCCGCAGAGGGGUCCCUGUGCUCCACCUCAUCUCCACGCCCUUUCCUGCCAUCUGGCACACGCCUGCAGACACCGAGACCAAUCUCCACCCACCUACGAUUCACAACCUGAGCCGCAUCCUUGCUGUGUUCCUGGCCGAAUACCUGGAGCUUUAGCCUGCAGCGCCGAUGCCCAAGGUGGGACCUUUGAGGGAGAAGCACCCAGCAGAGCACCUGCCAGGGGCAGCUGGAGCCAGUGGAGCUCAGGCUGGGCCCCCCCUUGAAUGUGCUGGCUCCUACUUGUGCUGCGACUGGCAGACCCUCUUUCCUUUGAUUAUCUCAAGCUGCCACCCUUCGCAGACAGGGAAGAGACCACUGUGGGGCGAAAGCCAAAGUAGAAAGAGUUAGUUCCUGCCCUGAGGUAAACACUUGGGCUGAAGGUUUGCAGGGGUCAAGUGCUGUUCUUUCAGUCAGCAAACCAUGAAUUGACAUCGGGAUCAGCAACGCCACCCGACCACCAAAUGAAUUCGCUGUGGCUUGUGUUUUUGUGUCAGUUCUCCAGAAUGGCAGUUUUGUACCAGUCUGAACCUAACACCCACAUGGGGCCCACAGAGGAUGUGCUUUUAAAUGGGAACAGAAGAGCUGGAAGCCCGAUAUUUAGGAACUCCAGAUUCUGCCUGGCCCGACGGGCAAUAAACCAGUGUUUCUGGGAAACAUA